GAGUCCAUAAGAUUUCCAAACCGAAGAUUCAUUUGUACAAGUAAUUUAUGCCAGGAUAGAAUAGAUUAAAUUAGCUGGAAUUGCUUCCUGAUUAAUUACAAAUGAAUUGAUAAUCUUAAAAAAGCAAUGUGACUGAAGAAAAGUGAAUAAUUUGUGAUAUUAUUGUAAUUAAUUAAAUUUGUAAUAACAUGAGCAAAAACGUGAAUUCUCAAGAAAUCUUCGUGCUACGAGAUUUGCAGGAUUACGAUAAAGCUGUGGAAGAGACUGGUUAUGGUCGCUUCCACUAUGAACUUCUUGCUGUCAGUGCCAUGUCCAUACUUUGCAUGGGCUUUCAGAACGUCCUGCCAUCUUACAUCCUAUCUGCCGCAUGUGAUCUCCACCUGACCUCCAACGAUGAAGGGAUGCUCAAUAUCACCUUCAUGAUUGGAGGAAUCAUUAGUUGCUUUCUAUGGGGAACCUUAGCCGAUAAUAUGGGAAGAAGAAAAGUCCUCUAUAUGACACAUAUGGCAGAUGCUCUUAUUACUUUAGUUUGCGCUGUGUUACCUACUGCGACAAAUUUAUUUAUUUGUAGAUUUUUUAAUGGCAUCUUAAUAGGUGCACCAGGGAGUAUAAUUUUCACGUAUGUAGCAGAAUUUCAGCCACCCAAAUACCGGUCACCAGUAGUGUGUUCCUGUGGCAUUUUCUUUACCCUUUCUUGGUUAAUUCUUCCAUUAAUGGCAUAUUUUAUAUUGCCGUUAACGCAAGUUACGUGUAACCUCGGAAAUAUUAUACAUAUGUCACCGUGGAGACUGUUUCUAGUCAUCGUGGCUUUGCCAGAACUGUUCACGGCACUGUGGAUAAUGAAAAUGCCCGAGACUCCAAAGUUUUUACUGGCAAAAGGGUAUACUGAAAAGUGCUUGCGAGUAUUAGAAACAAUGUACUCAAAAAACACUGGUAUGGAAGUGGAUUCGUAUCCAGUAAGACAUUUAGUGGAACAAAAAGUUGAAAGUGAGAACAAAAAGGCUGAAUAUGACGGCAAGGUUCUAAGGGUUCUGAAGGCGAUGGCAUACCAGAUGAAGAGUUUAUUUCAACCGCCUUUGUUGGUCGUGACUGUCUUGACUUGCAGUAUUAUGUUUGCUAAUAUGUUUGGGAUGUUCGGCUUAGGACUCUGGCUUCCAAAAAUCUUCAAACGCAUUUUGCAAUUCGAAAUGCUAUUCCCCAACCAAACAUUCUCAAUAAAUCAACUGGUCGACGUCCAAGUAGAAACCAGCAAAAGCUGCGAUGGUACCUUUGACAUUGCUGAUACAUUAAAUAACGUCAUCAUAGCGACCAGCUCACUCGUCUUCAAUAUAAUGUGUGGUUUCCUAGCUACCAAGUUACACUUUAAAGUAAUUCCUCUAGUUACUAUGCUUUUAGGUGGUGCAACUAGUAUAAGUUUUUAUUUUUUAACAAAUUCGUUACAAAUAUUAGUUGUAAGUUGCCUAUUCCAAGCAAGCAUGAUCACUGCCAAUAUGACAAUAGGCAGCAUAGCUGUAGAACUAUUUCCCACUUCGGUAGUUGGGAUAGCGUUGUGUCUUAUCAUGUGUGCAGGAAGAUUUGGUGCAUUAGCAAGUAACGCUAUAUUUGCUGCAUUUAUGGAUACUCAUGUGGAAAUUGCUGUUUUUGCAGUUGGGGCAGUGGUGUUAUUAGGGGGGCUACUUGGUUUUUUAGUUCCUAGGAAAAGUAAGGAAUUUCGUGCUAGAUCGCUUAGUAUCAACCAUGGAGUUGAAGUGUCUGUUUUAUCUAGUUAUGAUAAUAAGGUUUGUUGUCAUUAAGUGAUAUAUUUGUAACCUUUAUAUAUUAAUUAAUUAAUAUAACAUUUAUAUAUUAGUUAAUGUAUGAUGUAUGUUAAAUAUUAUGCCUUUUUUUUGAUAAUAUAUUUUUAUUUUUAA